UCAAUAGGAACACAUACAAUAGGCGACGUUUCGGGCAAAUGGUCUUUCUGAAUAACAGGUAGAGUGAACGAAACGAGCUGAAGACUGCACCACGUUGGCCUGAUGAGAAUCAACACUCCUGUAUAUCGUAUUAUUUAAACAAGUCCAAAGGGCGUGUUGCUUUGCUACAUUUUGAAACGUCUUUUUUUUUUCAAUGGCACCAGUUCCCGUUUAAAAAGUGGCAGGUGAACACCCGCCACUGAACACCACCAGUCGGCUGGACUUCACGAACGUCGGUAGACACCACUUGUUUGUCAGAACGUGGGCGUCUGGCAGGAGUGACCACGGUUGGUAACAACUCCAGCCUUGCUUGCCUGCUGGCCUAUCAUCCUCUGUCAAUCUUUUACGAGACAUAUAUACCCGACUCAACAAUACCACACGGCCAAACAUCUCCCCCCCCCCCACACCCCGUCUCUCUCUCUCUCUCCUCCUUCUCUUCUGUACCUCCCAGACCCCACCCAGCAAAGCCAUUUUUGUAUGCGUUUGUUACCGGGUCACAGUCAAGGAAGGGCUUUUUUUUUUCUUUCUGACAAUCCACCGGACAAACCGCGCGCGUGUGGCUCAGCUUUUACUUUGGCCCGAGUUGUCCCGACGAGACGGGGCAAAGGGAGGAGUAGGUUGGUGGUGGUUGGUUGGUUGGUGGGGGCGCACGGCACGAAGGAGAUUCGCGACAGUCGGACAUCCGUCCCCUUGACGUGACAAGAAGAGGGGGCUGCCCCCCGGCAGGAGGAGAAGGGCAGACAGCCGCCCCCCUCCGCCGCCGUCGUCAUCAUGGUGAAGGACCAGGAGAGGCCAGCGACUCGCCAGGCCGUGGAGAGCGACGAGACAUGCCCGGCGGCGGUGGUGGCAAUGUCCGUCAUGGUUGACUCGGCUUCCUCGUCCUGCGACUCCUCGCCGCGGAACAGCGGCGUCCGUGGCGGCUUCCCGCGCAGUGACUCGGCGGACUCGCAGGGGCCUCACACCCCCUCGGAGGAGAGCUUCUCCAGCUCUGGGGGCAGCAGCGAGGAGUCCAUCACCGGGCUGCCCUUCCACCUGGACGACGUCGACCGGCGCGGCGGCGGCGGCGGCGGCGGCGGGCGGGAGCCGGCGCCGGUCCCCCGCCAAUUCCGGCACAACCUCCCCCAGCUGUUCAUCGCCCGGGGCAGGCGGGCGCAGGAGUACCUCGACCCGUCGGACGACUCGCGGUCCAUGACCCCGACCGACGCCGAUGAAGGCGGCAGCGGCCACGACUUUGACGGCGACUACCAGCAGCUGUUGGGCCAGCUCAACAUCAACAAAUCUGGGGGCCGACCGGCGAACGUCGCCGCGGCGAGCAGGGCCCCGGCCCGCGGCGCCGGCGUUCCGGCGCGAUCGCCGCCGGACUCACCGCUCAGCCUGGAGGGCGACCGCGGCGACGUCGACGGCGCCGCGGUGGCUCGCGUCGACGCGGCGCCGGCGGCGAUGGAGGGGGUCGUGCCGCCGGCGGAUCAGUGCCUGGCGCAGCGGGAGCUGCGGUGGAUGUCGCAGACGUCGCUGCGUCGCUACUGCCAGGACACGCGGAACGACGUCGGCGGAUUGGACGAGAGCCCCGUCGCUUGCACCGGGCAACCCGACUUUUUUCCAGCUUAUCAGCACGUGCAGCAUCAGGAGCAGCAGUAUCAGCAGCAGUAUCAGCAGCCGCAGCACUAUCAGCAGCAGCUUUAUAAUCACUAUCGAAUGCAGCAGCAUGUUCAACAGCAACAACAACAACAACAGCAGCAUCAGCAGCAGCAGCUUUAUUUGCAGCAGCAGCAGCAGCAGCAUCAUCUUCAUCAUCAGCAAUAUCCCGGCCAUUACAAUCAUCAGCAGUUCCACGUGUCGCCGCACAACUCGCAGCCGGCCUCGCCGCAGCACGCGCCUCCGGGCAUCGUCGUCGAUGGAGGAGGAGGCGUCUGUAGCUCACGCACGGCCUCCGACGGCGGUGGCGGCCCUCUCGGCGCGGCGGACGUGCGGGCGCCGUUCAGCCGGCAGAGCAGCCUCGGCCUGUCGAGGCUGGAGCCGCCGGGCCCCCUGGUGUCGCACGCGGAGGCCGGCGCGGUGCAGGCGAUGCGGGGGUGCGCCGAGAGGAACUGGCACCCAGGCCCCGCGGAGGGAGAAGCCUUCUCGCCCGGCGCGCCACCGGCGUGCUCUCCUGGCGGCACCCGGACACAAAGCAUCGUCCUCCCAGACCGACAGCGCAAAAUUUUCGUCACCUACUCGUUGGACAACGACGCCCACAUCGGCAAGGUCAUCUCCUUCGUGACCUGGCUCCGUAAAAAUGGAUUCUACACAGAGAUGGACAUGUUCGACACGCUGCUGCAAGGCAUGAGCAAGAUCGAGUGGAUGGACCGGUUUCUGGACGACAAGGACUACCUGAUCGUGGUGAUAAUCAGCCCCAAAUACAAGAGAGACACAGAGACUCCGGCUGGCAGUGACGAGCAUGGAUUGCACACACACUACAUUCACCAGCAGAUGAAGAACGAGUACAUCCAGAACGGGAGCAAGAACUUCCGCUUGGUGCCCGUGCUGUUUCCCGACGCGACCAAGGGGCACGUGCCGAGCUGGCUGAACAACACCAUCGUGUACCCGUGGCCCGGCAAGCAGGCGGACCUGAUGCUGCGCCUGUGCCGCAGGGAGAAGUACGAGAUCCCACCGCCGGGGCCCCUGCCCGUCAUCGUCGCUCAGCCCUUCGGCUCCAAGUAGCGAGAAGUGCCCCCCCCCCUCGCCCCGCCCCCCCCAACUACCACCAUCCCCCACCCGGCCCACACUCCCGCAAUCGAUACGGCCUGGGGGGGGGGGGGGACCGCACCCGAGCCGUCGGUUGCGCAACUCGGAUCGCUGUCGCGGGGGGGCGUCUCGGCAACGCGUUGCGAGCGAGUGGCGACAAAGACGGAGUUGCGUGCGGCGGAAUCGCUUCGUACUGCAAAGGGUCGCGUGGGGAGCAGAGUGAGAUGAGAGGGGAGAGGUAGGGGAGUGUGUGGAGGGGAAUGGAGUGAGAUGAGAGGG